AUGAGAAGCCACCUGUUAGCUCUACUGCUCUCUCUAAUUACUGUUAUCCUACCCCUGAGAUGUGGCUGCACGGCCAUUAUCGGAGGACACCUUGUGUGUCCUCAUUCCUGGCCUUAUAUGGCUGCUAUCCAGAGAAAGAAUUUAACUGAGUGUGGAGGAGCUCUUGUGGAAAAGCAAUGGGGUUUGACAGCAGCGCAUUGCUUAAAUUGGCCUCUGCUGAAGGAUGAAUCUACUAAAUGCCAAUUGAAACUAGAUUAUACUUUCCUUCCUUUCUGCAUGAGAAAGCAUUUUUUUUUUUCUUUUUUCCAGCUGAAUAAAUACGUGCAACUUUUGCCUCUGCCUGACUCUUGUGAAGAUACCAAACCUGGCACAACAUGCAAGGUGGCCAGCUGGGGAGUCACAUCUUCAGGAAAGCCAUCAAAAUAUCUUUGGAAAGCAACUCUUAAAAUUGUUGGUAGAAAAAGCUGUGAGAGCAAAUAUGGAAAUUACACAAAAAUAACCAGCAACAUGUUGUGUGCUAUAGGGAAAAGAAAUUUGAAGAGAGAUGGUUGCCAGGGAGAUUCAGGUGGGCUGUUAAUCUGUGCUGGUCGAUACAGUGGGAUUGUUUCUUUUGGAAAAGUAUGUGGAAGAAGAGACAUUCCUGGAGUUUAUACAUGACUGACUGAAAAAUGUAUUGACUGGAUAAAAAAAAAUAAUUUCCCUUCACAGAGAUCCAUGAGACAGGCAAGACAGUUUUAA